CCCACCCCAGCUUCGUCGCACUAAUCCAAAGACACUGCCUCAGUUAUUAUUCGAGUGGCCCGCAAGUUGCAAAACACAAGCCGCAAUAUAUAAAAUGACACGGCAUGCGGCUUGAAGCCCGUGAAGCCGCCCGCCGCCCCGCGCCGUCUGCGCCUAGCCGCAGCCCAUCCAGAACCAUCGGGGUCCUAGUAUUCGCUGCCGCACUGAGCGUUAUCGACAUGCGCGCCGCUGGGCCCGGGCACAACUAUCUAUACACGAUCCCCAAAACCCAGGCCCACCAUUUGACACGCCCCCGCAGUCUUUGCCCAUGCUCCAACAAAGAGAAAUCUCCAAGCUUCUCGCCCAGGCCGUGACGCACGCCGGGUCGCUGGAGCACGCCCCGGAUGCAGUCCUAUUCGUGUCCUUGCUCUCUGCCCGGGGCCUACCUCUCAUCACCGUGGGGUCGCCAGACGCCGAGAGCUGCAUAUCCCCGGAAGCCCUCCGCAUGUACUCGCUCAUGACGACCAACCUCUUCAAGCAGCAGCCAAAAACCGGGGACGCCAGUCUCGACCACUGGGCGGUGUUGGACGUGGACACCUCCUUGAGGGCCGUGAUCCGCAAGUUUGCCACGACGUCGUCGGGCACGAACGAGCCCCCCACCACUUUCUAUACGGUUCUCUUCUACUCCUCGGCGUACGCCGACACGCAGGCCAAGGUGCGGUUGGACCUGGUCACCGCGGCGUUGACUGCUGGAUUGAGCGGGUAUCGCUCCAGCUGAAGAAGGAGAUGUCACAUGUAUCGUGUGUUUCGGGGCUAAAUAACAGAAUCAAAUCUAGAAGAGCCUCAAGCAGCUGGCUCUCCAGUGCUGUCGACGUAUGUAUACAAGUAGUUUCGUGCGCGUGCGCAGGGA